CAAAAUGGUUGUUACUGUGAAAGUCCGACUAAUGCCUGGAGACCGAAUGAGAGAAUUACAAGUGUACCUCUAUCGGCCUCACAUCUGACUGCCUCACGUUGUGUGCGAGCCGGACGAGGGCAAGGGAGCAUCCCAUCACUAUGCCUGCAGGGGUAGCCUGGCCUCAAUACCUGAAGAUGCUGAGUGCUACCAUUCUGUCUAUGCUGGCAGGAGCAGAAGUUGUGCAUCGAUACUACCGGCCAGAUCUUAGCAUACCUGAGAUUCCACCAAAACCUGGAGAACUGAAGACAGAACUGCUUGGAUUACAGCCAGAGAAAGGAAAGGAGCAGACAAGCUGACAGUCCUAUGUGCAUCCUUUCAUUUUAGAAAUGACUAUUAUUUUUAUAUGUAUAUACAUCUAGUGAAUUGUUUACCUCCUCUUUAAAAUGAGGAGACCAUUUUACUUUAUAUCAGUGGUGGUCAGCCUGCCACAUUCCAUGGCUUGAUAUAUGGCAUUUUCCAGACAAACUAGUACAUACACCACUUCAGAUGGCUAUAAGCAUACCAUUAUAAGAUCACAUAUACAGUACACAGAUUGGAUGUGCCACCAAGGGGGCUUUAUACCCAUGACACUGUGUUAUGUAGAUGAUGUGUAUGUGAAAUGUAAUAUACAUAAAUAUACUGAAAAUAUAGAAAGCAA